CAGACACAGAGACAGACACAGAUUCGAUCCUUAGAUGAUGUCCGACUGUCCCAGGGAAUUGGCGGCUUACAGAAUCGAUUCCGACCUUCCAAGGGAUGUGACAGAGGAGGUGCUCUCUAGGCUCCCGGUGACAUCUCUGGGAGGAGUACGAUCUACUUGUAAGAAGUGGAACGCUUUAACCAAAGACGAUGACUUUAUAAAGAAGCACCUCGGCAAGAAUCAGUGGAGGAAGGUGGUGAUGUUGCUUGACUAUAAGGUUUAUUUGAUGAGCGUUGAUCUCCUCACUCCACCAUCUAUAGAGCGUAUAGGUAAGCUCGUUAGCGUAAACCACGAUAAUGAUCCUGCUGCUGCUGCUGAUGGAGUUGACAUAUCUAAGAUCGUUCAUUGCGACGGUUUAUUGUUAUGCAUCACCAAAGACAUCCCAAACCAUCGGCUUGUGGUUUGGAACCCUUAUAGUGGGCAGACAAGGUGGAUCGAACCCAGAGAUUCUUACAACAGAUUUGACGGGUACGCUCUUGGAUACUCAUCGGAGAAGAUUAAUAACUGCUCUCUUCUUCGUAGCCACAAAGUGUUGAGAUUUGUGGAUUUCUACGACCGGAGUUUAAAGCGCCAUGUUCGUGAGUUUGAACUCUACAGUUUUAACUCUAACUCGUGGAAAGUUGUUGAUGUCAACCCUGACUGGAGCAUAGGAUUUUAUCAGCGUGGCGUGUCUCUAAAGGGAAACACUUACUGGUUCGCUGAAGAGAAGCCUGUCGGUGUAGCUCCAGGAACAGAGAUAUCAGAUCUCCGUGAUUUCUUACUCUGUUUUGAUUUUACAAAAGAGAGGUUUGGGCCGCGUCUGCCUCUGCCUUUUCACUCCUUCGGAGACGUAGUGGCCCUCGCUAGUGUUAGAGAAGAGCAGCUUGCUGUGUUAUUUCAGAAAUUUGGUUUACCUCCAUACACGGUCAAGAUUUGGAUCAGUAGCAAGAUCGAGCCCAAUGCAGUGUCGUGGAACAAGCUGUUCCUAAGUGUUGAUAUGAAACCACUCACUGGUUUUCUGUUUCUUGACAAUGGUGGGAGUUUCUUCGUUGACGAGGAGGAGGAAGUGGCAGUGGUUCUUGAUAAAGCCAGAAAUACGUUUCGCUUUACUCACAACAUUGCUUGCGUCAUCAGUAAAAAUGGACACUUCAAACAAGUGGAUAUCGGAGAACCCGCAGAUCCUUCUCUUAAGCUCCCCACAAAUUGCCCACUCGUGUGCUCUUAUGUUCCAAGCUCUGUCGACAUCAUGUAAAACUACACACCAGUAUUUAUUAUUAAAUCAGUUUUCUUUUCUCUUCAUUUGUUGUUGUCGUUUUAAAUUAGAUCAUGUCCUAUGCUUUCUUCACUUUUUUUUUCAUCUUAUUUAUAUUUCCAAUCAAUAUACUUUUUGUGUGGUGAUCUUGUAUGUCUUCUUCCAUCAUGCAUGCAUUUG